AUGAGUUUUGAAGUGAUGACCUCAACGAUCGAAGUCACAGAAAGUCUUGAUACUAUAGGAAAUAAUCUUGGUAUAGCCAAAAGUACAUUUUGUGCUGUUGGUGCUGUUGGAGAGGCUGUAAAUCCUUUUGUGCCAUUGAUUGGUGCUGUAACUUUCGUGAUUUCGGAAAUUAUUAAAGUCUAUGAAACUGUCCAGUAUAAUAAGAAGAUCUGCAAUUCACUUAUGGAUCGUGUAAAUGCUGCUGAGGCAGCCGUCAAAACUUUUAAAAGAAGACAAACUGAAAAUGAACAAAAUUUUUGUAACCAAGAAUAUUAUAAUUCAUUUAUUCGUUUUAUUGAAAUCAUGAAACGAAUUAGAAAAUUUAUCAUUGAUGUAUCGAACUUAAACAAAUACCAAAAAUUCGUACGUACCGGUUCAGUUAAAAGUGGAUUUGAUUCGCUUGCUAAAGACUUUGAUGUAGUAAUGACUGAAUUGCAUUUUACAAUGGCCGUUGCUAAUGAAGAGCAAAGAAUGAUAGAUCAAUCUGCUCUCGAAUCUGAUAUUACAGAUAUGACUAAGUUUUUGGAAAGAAUAGGUGGUAGCAUAAUUGGCACAGAUCAAAAAAUCAAUAUUGUUCUCCAAGAGGUGUCAUUAAUGAAAGAAAAAUUGGAUCAUCCAGAUAGUUCGGAUAAAAAUAUUAAAGCAAAUGAAAUAAAAUCAACUGAUUUGUAUGAUCCUUUAACGUCAAAAGCAACGGAUCGCCGAGGGAAAAAUCCUCAGAUUAUCAAAAAAAUGUAUAAAAAUUUCGAGGUCGCUUGCAAGCCAAUAGAUCUUCAAAGCGAUGACCUUAAAGAAGCUUCAAAAAUUCAAGGACAUCUGGCUAUAUUAGGAAAAUUGCGAGAUUCACCGAACAUUAUCAGAUUUUAUGGUCUUUCAAAAACAGAAAACUCAGACGUUAUGGUAUUUGAAUGGGCAGAAUAUGGCUCUCUCAGAAAAUUGUAUUGUCAGUAUGACAUUGCAUGGCAUGUAAAAGUACAAAUAGCUCUUGAAAUUUGUCGUGGCCUUGCAUUUUUACAUUCUUGUGACAUUCUUCAUCAUGAUAUUCGAUGUAAACACAUUAUGAUGACUACACGCCUGACACCAAAAAUUGCAAAUUUUAAGCAUUCCCGUACGGUAACUAGUCCAACCACAGACAUGAAGGGUGUAACAGAUAUUAUGCGUUGGAUGGCCCCCGAAAAAUUGCGUGAUUCUACAUAUUCUACAGAUUCUACAAAAAAACGUGUUCAUGUUCCUUAUACUUUCAAAUGUGAGAUUUUCAGGUAA